AUGGGCUUGGACAUCGAGGCUUUGCGAGCAUCCCUGCAGAACAAGCCGUUUCAUGCGAAGGAGCAAUCGGUGCUUAAGAUGAUCCAGCAAGUUGAGGCGAUCCAGCUCCAGCAGCAGAGCCUCCUCGCAACGGCAAAGGACAUUGCAGAAGUCUUCGAGUUGAAAGUUGGAUCUUACAGCGUCGAAGUUACAUUAUUCGACACCGUCGCGUGCAUUGCCGACCAGCUCUCGCUCCACUUCGGAGGCCCCGCAAGAUCUUUAAAUAUCACCAAAGACGACGAGGUUCUGCCCAGAGAAGCCACGCUCGUGUCACUUGGAAUCUCGCAGGAAACAGCUCUCAGUUUCCAGAGCUCGGGAUCUUGCAUUCACGUGAAGACGCUGACGGGCAAGACCAUUCGAGUGGAUGGAAUCGAUGCCAACACCACGAUCGAGGAAGUCAAAGCAAGGAUUCAGCACAAAGAGGGCAUUCCUGCGGACCUGCAGCAGCUGCUCUGCGCGGGCAAGCAGCUGGAGCAGGGGCGGACCUGUGGAGAUUACAACAUCCGGGGUGGGACUGAAUUGCAGCUGGUCCCAAAUCUCCGAGGAGGCAUGUGCGACUCCAUCUCCGGUCGUCAGGGUUUUAAGGUUAUUGCAAACAAAAUCGUUUUUGAGGAUGGAAAUGAAUGGAUUAUCGAUGGAAGCCCAGAGAGCUUGCGGCGAUACAGUGAUCACGAAAAGAAGUUGGUCUCCUUCGCUUCCAAGGCUGAGAUGCUAAGUUACUUAGAAUUCUGUCGCAUGGAAGACCUUCUUCGGCGUUUGGAGCUUGUCCAGUCCAGAGGGCAAGAGAUCGCAAAAGAAGCGGCCUUUUGGAUGUCCAAAAAAGCCGCCCAGAAGACGACAGCGAACGAGCUUCCACCAGCAGAGCCCGAAGAUCCGCAUCUGGAUGAUGCGCUGCUGGAGAGAAUGCUGAGGCGCCAGGAAGAGCUUCGGUUUGCGCCAGAGACGCUUGAGCGUAUGCGAGCCUGCACAGCUUCGGGUGGAGAGUGGCUUGAUGUGGUCCGGGACUUGCAGCGCGAGGUUGCGAUCGAAAGUGGGUUCAGGUCCGCAGUUGGGAUUGCCGCCGCUGUCAGACACAUGCAGACGGCCCACACAGUGGCACCAAAGCUCGCCAAGCUGUCCGUGUAUGCGCGCGCAAAUCUUGCAGAGGAUGGAUUUCUAAAACCAGGGAUGCCACUGCCAGACGUGGCCUUGGUGGACCUUGAUGGCCAGAGCAAGAGGCUGAAGGAAUGGUGUGGAGAUCUCACCGUUGUGUGUGCUGGCUCCUGGACCUGA